GCCAAAAAAACUUCCUCUCAUCAGAAAAUGGAGGCUCCUUUCCCGGCAAAUCAACCUUCUCCCUUGCAUUAUUCGCUUGUAUCUCCUGCCCUUUUCUCCAACCAGAUUGUUCCUGAGAACUAUGUUAGUUGGACUGAAACCCCAGAGGCACACGUUUACUCUGCUGAUCUUCCCGGUGUGAGGAAGGAGGAGAUAAAAGUGGAAGUUGAAGACUCGAGAUAUCUUAUAAUUAGGACCGAGGGAAUCAAUGAUUCGACGGAGCCAACCAAGAACUUCAUGAGGAAAUUCCGACUGCCUGGUUCGGUAGAUAUCGAUGGAAUAUCAGCUAAAUAUGAAGAUGGGGUCUUGAAAGUAACCGUGCCAAGGUCUUUCAGGAGGGCUGGUUUCUAUAUAGACCCUGCGGAUGUGCCUGAUAGAGUUGAGGUUCUUGCAAGGGCUGCCUGAAGUUGGAACCGGUGUCCUAGUCAAUGAUUAGAUUUUAUUAUAUUGUAGGCCUCUUUUUGUGGUCUGGGAAUUGACCCUGGGGAACAUUUCUGUAACAAAAGUUGAUUCCAAGUAAGAAAGGUUGAAUUAGGCGU